CCCUCACCUUGUUUAAUCAUGGCGGUCCACUACAACUUUGGCUCCAUGUUUCUACGCGGGGCGCUGCGUGGAGCCUUUCGUUUCCACAAAUGGACACCAGGAUCCUCUGCUGCCGUUGUAGGUCGAAGGGCCGUUUGUGGCACGGCACCGAAAGACACUAAUGCGGUAAUAGAAGAGUCAACUGAAGAAUAUACAUUUGUCGAGCGUCUCAUCCCGCCGACACGGGUCCCCUCUCCGCCCAAGCACGCAGGGCCAACCCCGUCUGGAUGGAUACCUCCGGCAGAGUUACCACCGUCUCUUCCUUACAUGAUUCGACGCUCCCGCAUGCACAACAUACCCGUCUACACGGACCUGACCCACGGAAACCGGAAGAUGACAUUGGUCCGGAAGGUCGAGGGUGACAUAUGGGCUUUGGAGAAAGACGUGAAACAGUACUUGAAGGACGUGACUGGCAAAGACCUGCCCACUCAGGUCAAUGAGGUGACGAUGACCCUGAAGGUGAAAGGUCAUUUUGAUAAGGAGCUGAAGGAGUGGUUGACUACAAAAGGCUUCUGAAGGAGGCAGACUCCAGAACUCUUUCUGACACCAAACAUGCUGUGUGGAGUCUAUGGACUUUAUCAAGCAUGUCUACGUUUAUAUAUAUAUAUAUAUAUAUAUAUAACAUCAGCAUUGUCAAAUAUUCAAUCCCAGCCUACUAGCAAUUGCUAUUUUCCUGAUUGUUCAUUUCCACACAUGUAAAUACAUGUAUACCUCUCAUUACUUGUGUCCAGUACACUGAGUAGAGAGGAUGUUGCUGCAUUGUUGUGGCUUCAUAAAGAUACUUCAAAGAGUCAAGUGUAUAGGACUAUUUAUCUUUAAUUUCAAAA